AUGUCAAGCCGCGAACACCUCCGCCGGCGCGCCGCCGCGCGGCCGCUGCCCAUCACGGAGCUCGCGCCGGCCGACGACGCGAACGCGCGGCCGACGCCCAUGGCCCACGACCCGCGGGUCUUGCGGAACCUGCCGAAGACGGGCAAGCGCGGCGCGCCCCAGGCGUUCCCGCACCUGCUCUUCAUGAUGCUCGAGCGCGAGGUCGAGGCCGGCACGGUGCACUGGUGCGAGGGCGGCGCGGCCUUCGAGAUCGCGGACCUCGACGGCUUCAUCGCCGACACGCUCGUCAAGUACUUUCGCCACAGCCGCUACGCGUCGUUCCAGCGCCAGCUGAAUUUGUACGGCUUCAAGAAGAACGCCGACGGCGCCUUCGAGCACGAGUCCUUCCUCCGCGACCGGCCCGAGCUCCUCACGCGCGUGCUCCGCGCGCCGCAGUCGACCAAGGGCCGGUCGCGCGGCGCCGCGGCCGCCGCCGACGCCGCGGCGGCCGCGCCGGAGCGGCGCCGCGACGCGAAGCGCGCGCCGCCGGCGCCCGCGCCCGUGUCGACGCCGCCGCCGCCGAAGCGCAAGCGCGCGGCGCCCAUCGCCGCCGCGCCCGAGCCGAGCUGCGCGGACGCGCUCUGGGGCCUCGCGGUGUCGCCGCGGUCCGAGACCUCCGACGCCUUCUUCGCGCCGCUCCUCGCCUGCCCCAUCCCGGAGGCCGCCGCCGCGCCGCCCUGGGCGCCCCUCCCGACGCCGCCGCCGUCGCCCGCCGGCCGCGACGGCGCCGCGCGGCCCGAGCCCGUCGCGCGCGCGGCCGCGGCGGCGCCCCAGCGCGCGCUGCCCGUCGCCUACGAGCCCGCGGUCGAGGCCGGAGUGGGGCGGGUCUACGACGUGCCGCCGCCGCUGGCGCCCCUCGCGCGCGCGCCCGCGCCGCGCUUCUUCGCCGCGCCCCGGCCGGGCGCCGCGGAGCCGCCGCGGCCGCGCGACGACGCGUCGGCGCGGCUCGCGCGGCUCGCGCUCCUCGCGCCCGCGCCGCCGCCGCCGCCGCGGCCCGCGCCGCGCGAGCCGUCGCUCCCGUCGCUCCUGCCGUCGCCCCGCGACGGCUCCGAGCCGACGACGGAGAGCCCGCGGUCCGAGCUCGCGCCGCCGCGCCUCGACGACCGCAUCCCGAGCGACGAGGUCCGCCUGCUCAACCGCACCUUCUCCGACGUCGGCUCCGACACCUGGGACGUCGACGACGGCCCGGGCGAACCCGCCGCCGCGGCCGCCGCGCCCGCCGACCCCGACGACGCGGUCCACGCGCUCUUCGACGAGAUCUUCGCGCCGAGCGCGGCCUACAUUUCCUUCAAGUUGCAUGGCCUCGCGCCGACGCGCCGCUCCACGGCGCGCCGCCAGCACACGGCGCUGUUCGUCCUCGACGACGCCUUCGAGAUGGCCGCCGCCGAGGCCCUCAAGGACGAGAUGGCGGCCAAGAUGCAGCAGCGGAAGGGCGCGGAGCGCGUCGCCGUCCUCGCGGCCGCGGACGCCCUCGAAGAGGCGCAAACGUUGGAGGACCUCGAGAGGGCGCUGGACGUCGCGGGCCUCGCGGGCGUGCCGAGCGACGCGUCCGAGUUCGCCGGCGCCGUCGCGCGCCGGAAGAAGCUCCUCGACGCGCUCGCGCGCGAGGCCGUGCUCGAGACGCUCGCCGGCGCGUCCGUGUCCACGGCCGACGAGCUCGCCCUGAUCGGUACCGCGCUCGAGGAAGCCGCGGCGCUCGGGCUCUCGCUCAACGACCCGGUCGUCUUCGACGCGGCCACGGCGUGCCGCGCGUACGCGGCGUCGGCGGACGUCGACGGCGCGGCCGCGACGGCCGCGGCGUUGAUCUUCAAGGACGAGGCCCACGCGCUCUACGACGACUUCGCGCCGCCGAAGGCCGCCGCGCCCGACGAGCGGACCGUGCCAGACCUCCCCGCGCGCCUCUUGGCGCCGCUGGUGCUGCUCGCGGCGUCGGCGGCGUCGGACGAGCGCGACGACGACGGCUGCGGCGGCGCCGCGUCGUGCUGGGCCGACGACGGCGUGGCGCCCUUCGACUGCGAGGCGUCCCCGUACCCGCUCCAGGUCUUAAAAUGGGGCGACGACGCCGAGUCCUACAACGUGCGCCAGCUCGACAUCGACACGGGCGACUACGCGCUCGUCUUCACGUUGGACUACUUCGACGACCACGUCAACGCGGCCGCGCUCUACGAGGACGCCGACGGCGCGUACUACGCGUUCGCGUCCAUGGGCGGCCUCCUCUGCCGCUUCGACGCGGAGCGCCGCGCCUGCUUCGACGAGCCAUUGGAGUACGCGGCGAACGUGGGCUGCGUCGUCGGCGACCGCUACUACUACUCCAAAAACACGGGCCGCAACGACGGCAGCGCGAUCUUCUACGUCGACGACGUGCAGACCGCGUCCCCAAAAUUCCACAACGCGUCGUCCUUCACGAUUUCCGCGAGCCUCUACGAGGAUGCGGUGCUCGACCUCGCGCCGCUGCCCGAGGACGGCGCCGUCUACGUCGACGACGGCGUGGCGGACGCGACGUACCUCGUCGGCCUCGCGGCGCGCUACGAGGUGCUCGUCGUGCGCCUCUCGUCGGCGACGGGCGCGCCCGAGGCCUACGCGGUCUUGCCGUCGACGGUGGACUGGUCGGACUACCCAGCGGACGACCCGCCGGACGGCGCCGACUCGUCGUUCGGCGCCGCGUUCGCCUACGUCUCCGAAACGGCCGGCCGCGAGCUCUACUUCGCGUCCAACGAGGGCUACGGCAUCUUCUUCCUGGAGCUGCCGCUCGACGCGCCGGCGGACUGCUGGAACGCGGGCCACGACGUCGAGAGUCACGUCGUUUGCGACGGCGCCGCCGCGGUCAUUCGAUGGGUCGGGCCGUCGCUGCCGGCGUCGUCGAACGACGGCCUGAACUGCCCCGAGGGCAGCGUGCUCCAGGAGACGGAAGCGCCGUCCUACGCGCCGUCGACGUACGCCCCGUCGGCGACCCCCGCGGACGUGUCCGCGUUCGACUGCGGCAGCUUCGGGAACCCGAUCCAGAUUUUGCGCGAGGCUGUGUGGAAAUCAAAUCUUCAACCCGACUUCAAUGUGCGCGCGAGCGACGACGAGCCCUACGAGGCGGCCAUGCUCGACUUCGAGACGGGGAACUACGAGACGCUCUACGCCUUCGACUUCGACGGCCACAUCAACGCGGUCGCCAUGCACGCGGACGCGUCCUACUCGACCUUCACGGCCUGGGGCUCCUUCGCCGGGUUCUUGUGCAAGUUCGACAGCGCGCACCGGAAAUGCUUCCCGACGCCCCUCGCGGAGGAGAAGCCGAACCUGGGCACGAUUUUGGAGGACACGUACUACUACGCGAAGGAGGUCGGCGACAACGGCGAGAAGAGCUUCUACUUCGUGUCCGGCAUCGACACCGAGGCGCCGGCGUUCCACGAGGAUGCGCUCUUCGUGGUCUCGGAGGACGUCUUCGAGCGGAGCGUGCUGGACAUCGUCGCGCUCACGGAAAACUUCGUCGACGCGGAGGGCGUCGCGUGGCCGCGCGAAUUCGUCGCCGACGGCGACGACGCGGGCCGCUACCUCUUCGGCAUGGGCCAGGCGCUCGAGGUCGUCGUCGUGCGCUUGGAUGAUGGCGGCGUGCCCGACGCCUAUGCGGUUUUGCCCGCGGUCGUCGACUGGAAUGGCGCGGACGUGGAAACGGGCACGUCGGCCUACGGCGCGGCCUUUUUGUACCAGCUCGACAUGGCCGGCGACGUCGAGAUGUACUUCGCGGCCAACGAGGGCUUCGGCCUGUUUCAGGUCGUGUUGCCCGUGACGGUGCCCGACGCGUGCUGGAACACGGGCUUCGACGCGGCGUCGCACGCCGCGUGCGCUUCUUCCAGCGCGUCCGUCGUGCGCAAGUACGCGUCCGCGGAGGCGACGUCCAACGACGGCAUGAACUGCCCCCUGGGCCUCAUCGCGCCGGACCCGUCGCCGGCGCCGAGUUACACGCCGACGCCGGCGCCGACGCCCGGGCCGAGCCCCGAGCCGACGCCCGAGCCGAGCCCCGAGCCGAGCCCCGAGCCGACGCCCGACCCGUCGCCCGACCCGACGUCCUACGCCGUGGCGCCCUUCGACUGCGACGGCUUCCCGGACCCCAUCCAGGUCAUGCGCGACGGCGACGACGAGCACUACCGCGCCGCGCAGCUCGAGAUCCAGGGCGACGGCGAGUACGUCACGCUCUUCGAGCUCGACUACCUCGACCUCGACAGCCACGUCAACGCCGUGGCCAUGUACGAGUCGGACGACUACGAGGCGUUCUACGCCUACGCGGCCAUCGACGGCAAGCUCUGCGCCUUCGACGACGGCGGCGCGGCCUGCUUCGCGACGUCGCUGAUGGAGGACCGGCCGAACGUCGGCGCGAUGCUCGACGGCAACUACUACUACGCCAAGACGCCGGGCGAGGGCGACCGCGCCUUCUACUGGGUCGAGGGCGUCGACGGCGACCCCGUCUUCCACGAGACGGCGGCCUUCGUGGUCUCCGAGGACCUCUUCGAGGAUUCGGUUUUGGACGUGACGCCGAACAAGGAGGUCGACGGCGAGGACGCGUGGAUCGUCGACGGCGUCGCCGGCGGCGCCUACCUCAUCGGUCUGGGCCAGGCCUUCGAGGUCUUCGUCGUGCGCCUCGACGGCGACGGCGCGCCGGAGGCCUACGCGGUCGUCGACGCCGUCACGGUGAACUGGGCGUCCAAGACGCCCGAGGACGGCACCUCAGCCUUCGGCGCGGCCUUCUCCUACCGCUCGCGGGACUGGGACGUCUACUACCCCUACUUCGCGUCCAACGAGGGCUGGGGCAUGUUCCAGCUCGAUUUGCCUCUGGAGAUCCCGGACGAGUGCUGGAACACGGGCACGGACACCCUGGCGCACGCGGCCUGCGCCGCCGAGCGGGCCAUCGUGCACUGGCGCGGCCCGUCCGCGGACGCGAGCUCGAACGACGGCAUGAACUGCGCCCUCGGCGGCUUCAUCGUCGAGCUGCCGCCGACGCCCGCGCCGACGCGCGGCCCGAGCCCGGAGCCGACGCCCGAGCCGUCGGCGCCGCCGACGCCCGAGCCGUCGCCCGCGCCGACGCCCGCGCCGACCUACGCGCCGUCGACGGCGGCGCCGUCCGAGGGCGACGUCGAGGCCUUCGACUGCGCCCAGUUCCCGAACCCCGUGCAGGUGCUCCGCGGCGACGACGGCGAGCCCUACCGCGUCGCGGAGCUCGACCUCGUCUCCGGCGAGUACCACUCGCUCUACGAGCUCGGUUAUCUCGACGUCGACGACCACGUCAACGCCAUCGCGCUCUACGAGUGGGCCGUCGACGCCUACUACAUGUACGGGUCCCUCGCGGGCUAUCUGUGCGUCUUCGACCGCGUCAAAAAGUGGUGCCUGGACACGCCCCUGGCGGAGGCGAAGCCCAACGCGGGCACGAUUCUAGGAGCCAACUACUACUACGCCAAGGAGCCGGGCAUGGGCGGCGACCGCGCGGUCUACUGGGUCGAGGGCCUGGACGCGGCGGCGCCGGUCUUCCACGAGGACUACGGCUUCGUCAUCCCGGACGACCUCUUCACGCGGUCCGUCCUCGACUUCGCGCCGCUCAAGGAGGAGCGCGACGACGUGUGGAUCGACGACGGCGAGGGCAAGGGCGAGUACUUGGUGGGUCUGGCCCAGGCCUUCGAGCUCGUCGUCGUCCGGCUCGGCGACGGCGGCGCGCCGGACGCCUACGCGGUGAUCCCGGGCGUCGCCGACUGGCGGAGCCGGACGCCCCAGAGCGGCACGUCGGCCUUUGGCGCCGCGUUCACGUACCGCAGCGCGACGUGGGGCGACGCGCAGGUCUUCUUCGCGUCGAACGAGGGCUGGGGCCUCUUCGAAUUGGAGCUGCCCGUCGUCGUGCCGGAGGCGUGCUGGAACGCGGACGAGGAGACGCAGAACCACGUCGUCUGCGAGGCCUCGUCGGCGUCCAUCGUGUACCGCAUGGCGUCGCUGGACGCGUCGAGCAACGACGGCCUGAACUGCGAGACGCAGGCGUUCGUCGCGUUCGAGGAUCCGACGCGCGCGCCGACGACCGGCGACCCGACGCCGGCCCCGUCGUUCGAGCCGUCGCGGGCGCCGUCGGCGCAGCCGACCUACGCGCCGACGAGUGCGGCGCCGUCCGAGGGCGCCGUCGAGCCCUUCGACUGCGCCGCGGCGGGCAACCCGAUCCAGGUGCUCCGGGAGAAGGACGACGAGCACUACCGCGUCGCGGAGCUCGACGUCCUCACGGGCGCGUACCACACGCUCUACGAGCUCGACUUCCUCGACCUCGACGCCCACGUCAACGCGCUGGCCAUGUACGACGCCGCCGUCGACGAGUACUACGCCUACGGGUCCUUCGCGGGCUACCUCUGCGUCUUCGACCGGCGGAAGCGGUCGUGCUUCGACACGCCCCUGGCGGAGGAGAAGCCCAACGCGGGCGCGAUUCUAGGAGCCAACUACUACUACGCCAAGGAGCCGGGCAUGGGCGGCGACCGCGCGGUCUACUGGGUGGAAGGCUUGGACACGGACGCGCCCGUGUUCCACGAGGACUACGGCUUCGUCGUGCCCCAGGACCUCUUCACGCGGUCCGUCCUCGACUUCGCGCCGCUCGAGGAGAAGCGCGACGACGUCUGGAUCGACGACGGCGAGAACAAGGGCGAGUACCUGGUGGGCCUGGCCCAGGCCUUCGAGCUCUUCGUCGUGCGGCUCGGCGACGACGGCGCGCCGGAGGCCUACGCGGUCCUGGAGUCGGACGUCGACUGGGGCCUGGGCAAGCCCGAGACGGGCACGUCGGCCUUCGGGGCGGCCUUUGGGUACCGCGAGGGCUACGAGUGGUACGGCCUGUCGUCGUACUUCGCGUCGAACGAGGGCUGGGGCAUCUUCGAGCUCGAGCUGCCCGUCGUCGUGCCCGAGGCCUGCUGGAACACGGGCUUCGAGACGGAGACGCACGCCGUCUGCGACGGCGCGACGGCGUCGCUGACGCGCGUGACGGAUUCGGCCGACGCGAGCAGCAACGACGGCCUCAACUGCCCGCUCGGGAGCUUCGAGGCGCCCGUCUUCCCGACGGCGGCGCCGACGAAUCCGCCGACGACCUACGCCCCGACGGCGGCGCCGUCGGAGCGCCCCGUCGAGCCCUUCGACUGCGAGGCGCACCCGGCGCCGCUCCAGGUCAUGCGCGAGGGCGACGACGAGCCCUACGCAGGGCAGGACAAGAGAGCGAAAUUCCCAACUUCAAAGGCUCCUUUCUCGGCCGUGUUCCACUCGCCCUACGGCGUCUUCGAGCUCGACGUCGAGAGCGGCGACUACGCCGAGCUCUUCGACCUGAGCUACUUCGACGGCCACGUCAACGCCGUCGCCAUGGGCAUCUCGGACGCGGGCGACCACUACCUCGUCGGCGCGUUCACGGGCGACGGCGACGACCUGGCCAGGCUCUGCGUCUUCGACGCCGCGAAGACGCGCUGCUUCGAGGAACUCGCCCUCGCGAAGCCCAACGUCGGCGCCAUCCUCCGGCAGGACGACGGCGCGGAGCACUUCUACUACGCCAAGGAGCCGGGCUACGGCGGCGAGAAGGGCUUCCACUUCGUCGAGCGGAUCAACGGCGCGCCCGUCUUCCACGACGAGCUGCGCUUCGUCAUCUCCGAGGACCUCUACGAGCGGAGCGUCCUGGACGUCGUCGCCCUGCGGGAGCCGACGGGCGACGACGGCGGCUCCCUCACGAUCGUCGACGACGGCGUCGACGGCGGCGCGUACGUCGUGGGCCUCGGCCAGCGCUUCGAGCUCUUGAUCGUGCGCCUCGCGGACGACGGCUACCCGGAGGACUUCGCCGUGCUCGAGUCGGACGUCGACUGGGGCGACGAGCCGGCGCGCGACGACAAGAGCGCCUACGGCGCCGCGUUCCUCUACGUCACGGCGGGCCUCCCGGACGUGCUGUUCGCGUCGAACGAGGGCUGGGGCAUCUUCCGGCUCAAACUCCCCGUCGCCGUGCCGGACGACUGCUGGAACACGGGCUUCGACGCGGCGGCGCAGAGCGCGUGCGCGGGCGCGCGCGCGGCGCUCGAGCGGACGUCCAACUCCGCGGAGGCGACGUCGAACGACGGCAUGAACUGCCCCUUCGGCUACUACGACACGCCGGCGCCGUCCGCCGAGCCGCCGGCGCCGACGGCGGCGCCGACCUACGGCCCCUCGGCGAGCGUCGCGCCGUCCGCCGCGCCGACGCACGGGCCGACGGCGCCGCCGUCCGCGAGCCCCGUGGAAGCCGCCCCGUCCGCCGCGCCGACGCCCUACGAGUGCGGCUUCUGCUGGUCGGACCUCAGCGUCGAGGCCGCGGACUGCGCCGUGCUGCCGCUGCGCUUCGCGGACGACGACGAGGGCCACGCGGUCGUCGAGUUGCACGGCGGCUCCGGCGACUACGGCGCGAAAUUCGACGUGCCCUACUACACGCGGAGCCUCGGCGGCCUCGCGCUCUACGAGUCGCGGGAGGGCUGCAUGCUCUUCGGCGCCUUUGGGAACCGGCUCUGCCGCUUCGACGACUCGCACGCGACCUGCUUCUACAACUACCUCGACGAGCAGGCGCCGGCGGCGGCGACCGUCGUCGGCGAGACCUACUACUACGCCGCCGCGCUCCCCGGCGCCAUCCACCGCGUGGAAGCCAUCCACGGCGACGACGCCGUCUUCGUCGAGGGCGUCAUCGUCGUCGACGUCGACGCGCCGCCGGUGUACGACCUCGCGCCGCUCCUCGACGGCGGCGGCGACGACGCCGUCGUCGACGGCGCGGCGGGCGACUACCUCGCGGGCGUCGCCGCGGGCGGCGGGGCGCUGCUCGUCGUGCGCCUCGCGGACAACGCGACGGCGGUCGUCGCCUUGAGCGGGGGCGCGAACGCGUCGUACUCCGCGGCGUUCUCCUACGGCUCGGGCGCCGCGUCGCGCUUCUUCGCCGUCGCCGACGAAGUCGGCGUCUACGAGCUCGGCCUCCCGCUGACGGUCGGCGACGGCUGCUGGGUCGGGACCUGCGACGCGUCCGGCGUCCUGGCCUACGUCGGCCCCGCGGGCUCCGGCGCCAGGGGCGCGGCCGCGAACGCGCGGGACCCGGCCGCGUACGGCGACCCGAGCCUCUCGCCGUCGCUGUCGCCCGCGCCGACGUCGACGGCGCCCGCGGCCGCGCCGUCGGCGCCCCCGAGCGGUGGCCCCACGUCGCGGAGGCCGACGUCGCUCUCGCCGUCGCUCGCGCCGUCGGUCGCGCCGACCGCCGAGCCUACGGGCGCGUGCGGCGACUUCGUCUACGAGCUCGAGAUGACGGGCGCGGACUGGGCCGACGCGUCCGUCGUCGUCUCCUCCGACGACGCGCUGGUGUUCGAGAUCGCGCCGGAAGCCGCGGGCGUCGUCGAGGCGUGCCUCCCCGACGGCUGCUACGGCCUGGCCGUAUCGGGCAUCUCCGUCGACGCCGAAGCGUCGCUAGCAAACUCGGCGGCCUGCGGCUCGGCGGCCUGCGGCGUCGCCGUCUGCGUCGCCGGCGGCGCCGCGGCCUACGGCGCGCCGACGGCCGCGCCGACGGCCUGCACGGACCGGAGCGACUGGUACAAGAAAAACGCGCCGUGGAAGGACUGCGCGUGGGUGGCCGCGUACCCGGACCUGCGCUGCGAGGUCGUCGGCUACGACGAUGCCAUCAGCGGCGACGCCUGCGCCGUCGCCUGCGAGUCCUGCGACGCGACGGCGCCGCCGUCGGCGAGCGCGGCCGCGGCCGCGCCGAGCGCCGCGCCGACCGCCGCGGCGGGCGCGCCGUCGCGCGCGCCGACCUACGGGCCGUCGACCUACGGGCCGUCGUCGGCGCCCCCGUCCGCGGAGCCGACGGUCGUGGGGGAUGUCGUCGUCGAAUGGCCGGACGUCGUCUUCUGGAGCUCGCCGUCGUGCUCGCUCACCGUCGACGCGCCCGCGACGGUGCGCUUCGACUGGGCGAGCGGCACGCACACGGUCCACGAGCUCCCGGACGCCGACGCUUUCGAUUCCUGCGACUUCGCCGACGCGACGGCGCUGGGGGACGUGGCGCCCGUCGCCGCGGCCGUCGAGCCCGGGGAGGUCCGCUACUUCGCGUGCUCCGUGGGCAGCCACUGCACCUCGGGCAUGAAGCUGGCCGUCGAGGCCGCGGCGCCGUCGGCCGCGCCGACGGCCGGGGCCGCGGCGGCCGCGCCGACGGGGGCGGCGACGACCUACGCGCCGUCGGCCGCGCGGUCGGCCGCGCCGACGGCCGCGGGCCUCUACGUCGUCUCCACGGUCGUCGUCGUCGACUUCGGCGUCUACACGUCCAACGACCUCGCGGCCGCCGUCGGCGAGGCUUUGGUCGCGUCGUCGGACGCGGCCAGGAGCCUCGUCGCCGUCGAGCUCGGCGAACUGUCGCAGGCCGUCCCCGACGCGCGGCGCCUCGAGGGCAACCCGAUGGACGCCGAGGACACGCGCCUCGAGGCCCGCGCGGACCUCGAGACGUCCGGCGACGACGCGGCCGCGGCCGCCGAGGCCCUGGAGGCCGAGCUCGCCGCCGCGGUCAACGACGGGACCCUGAGCGCGGAAGUCUUCGCGGCCGCGCGGGCCUACGAGUCCCUCGACUACAUCGAGGACAGCCAGCUCUCGGACGCCGUGCUCGUCACCGAAUCGCUCGCCGCGCUCGAGGCGGAGACGCAACCGGCGGACCCGUCGCCGACGCCCGCGCCGGCGCCGGAGCCGUCGACGGCGCGGCCCGCGCCGCCGACGGCGAAGCCGUCGUCGCCGCCGCCGUCGUCGCCGCCGCCGACGCCGUCGCCGCCGACGCCGCAGCCGUCGACGGCGAAGCCGGAACCGAGGACGGCGCGCCCCGCGCCGGCGCCGACGGCGAACCCCUCCACCGCGAACCCCGCGCCGGAGCCGACGUCGUCGGCGAACGGCGCCACCGUUACGGACGACGGGAGCGUCACCGCGUCGAGCCAGAUGACGAACACCUACGCCCUCGACAGCUCCGAGUGCUACGCGCCGACGGAGGAGGGCGGCUGGGGCUACUGCGGCGCGCCGACGUGCCGGAACCAGUACAUCACCUGCUCCGACGAGGGCGGCGGCCCGCCGGUCGUCGACGGCGUCGCCGGCGCCUACCGGUCCGACUACGCGGCCGACGGCUCCGAUUGCACGUCGUUCCUGGACAUGAGCGACUACGACGAGAUCACGGACUGGGGCUUCAACGGCCCCUGCGACGACACGUGCACGCAGCGCACGGACGGCGUCUGCGACGGCGCGUUCCUCGAGCGCGUCGUCCAGGGCCCGUCGAUCAAGUGGGCCUUCUGCAACGACAAGUGGCUCAUCCUCAUGACCUCCGGCGAGGGCGGCGUCUUCGAGCCGCACCUGAACAACGUGCCGAGCCCGCCGCUCGGCGUGUCCGGCGGCGUGACCUACUGCACGGGCGACCCGACGCGCACCGUCGACCGCUACUACAGCCUCCAGUACCCGCUCGACGUCGUCGACUUCGACGAGGGCGUCUGGACGAACAACGUCGACCUCUUCGACGGCACGGCGGGCAACGAGGGCAUCCCCUACCUCUACGACGACGGCCUCGGCAUCGGCACCUACGGCCUGCCCGACGGCGCGGGCGUCGGCAUCACGGUCAACGGCAUGCAGAACUGGGUCACGCAGAACAACCGCGGCGAGUGGAACCAGCCGACCUGCGAGACGUCGCCCUGCAACCUCCACGUCGGCCAGGGCGCGGGCCAACCCCACGUCCACGGCGACCUCUUCAGCGACAGCCACCAGUGCCUCUACGGCACGUCCAACUACACGUCCACGGCGUCGCACCCGCCCAUCGUCGGCUUCGGCGCCGACGGCCACCUCAUCUACGGCCGCUACCUCGGCGACGACGCGCCGGGCUUCGCGGCGCCGCUCCUCGACGAGUGCAGCGGCCACACGCACGACGAGUCGACGACCGACGAGUACGGCGUCGACCUCGGGGCGACGUACCACUACCACACGCAGAUCUUCGACUACACCUGCGGCAUGGGCAACGACCGCUGCGACGACGGCGACGAGGUCGUCAUCUCGACGACGGGCCCGCUCUUCUGCUUCCGCGCGGACCUGAGCCGGCAGGAGGGGUCGAGCGCGCUGCUCUCGUUCACGACGUCCGACGCCUACCUGACCGCGAACGACAUGACCUACGCCUGCUGCGACAUGACGGACUACUACGCCGUCACGGGCCUGGACCAGAAGGACGCGUCCCAGUUCUUCGCCGAGUCGUCGACGUGCCUCGUGCUCGCGCACCCGACGAACGGCGCGUACGCGUCGGCCUUCUGCGAGCCCGGCGACACGCUCUACAGCGGCAACGGCUGCCACGUGGACUGCGACGACGGCUACGUCGCGUCGGGCAUCACGCGCUGCGUCGAGGGCGCGUUCGUCGAGUACGCGACGUGCGUCGCGGACGCCGCGCCGUCGGGCGCCCCGACGCCCGCGGCGCCGGACGACGACGACGACGACGGGGCCGACGCGGCGUCGGGGAGCCUGCUCAUCCUCGUGGGCGUCGCGUGCGUCGUCGUCGCCUGCGGCGUCUGCUACGCGGCGUUCUACCUGCACCGCCGCGAGCGCGAGCACGACGAGAAGCGGCGGUUGCGCUGGGAGCAGCUCGAGAAGGAGAUGUCCCUCGAGGCCGCCGACGCCGGCGAGGCGCCGCCGGCGCUGCCGGCGCCCGUCGACGCGGGCUGCGCGCCGGGCUGGCCGGGCGCCGCGGCGCCGCGAGUCGAGGCGCGCGACUUCGCGGGCCGCGGCGACCGCUGGGUCGGCGGCGGCGACGACCGCUACGGCGACGCCUACCCGCCGCCGGCGCCGCCGGCGCGGUCCUACGAGCUCGCGCCCGCGCGCGCGGCCUACGACGGCGGCGAGGACGCGCGCGACGGCCGCGCGCCGUUCCACCCGUCGCCCGUCCGGGGCGCGGACGCGCCGCCGCCGCCGCCGUCGUCGGAGAAGAAGAAGAAGAAGAAGAAAAAGAAGAAGAAGGACGCGCCGGCGCCGGAGCCGGCCUGGGAGCUCACGGAGGACCGCGACGACGCGCCCUUCGUCCUCUAA